AUUUAAAGAGCGAGGGUGAACGCGCAGGCGCAGUUAAGAGGAAACGGUUGAGGUUCAUUUCAUGGUAUAUGAGGUUGACUUCGUACGGAUUGGGAGUGAGUGAGCAAGAGAGAGAGAACGAGGGAGGGAGAGAGAGGGGGUAAGAAAAAGAGAGUUUAGGAUUCACGCUUUGGGUCAACCAACUAAACGUGUUACUCAAACUGAGACGGGGAUACGAAACGCUUGUAAUGACAGCAGCGUCAGGAUAGCUGAAUUGCGUGAGUAAACACAAGAGGCAUCGCGCAGCUGAUAGCAACAAAUCAGGCAGACAGAUCCGAGAGAGAAGACAGGAAUAAGGGAUAUCCAGUUGGGUUGCCCCGAAAGCGUGGACAAGGCUGUAAACCAGAAAAGACAUGGCGGAUGCUGACCUGGACUUCACAACAGGCGAUGCCGGUGCUUCUGUUACCUACCCCAUGCAGUGCUCUGCUCUGCGCAAAAAUGGUUUUGUGGUUCUAAAGGGUCGACCAUGCAAGAUUGUGGAGAUGUCCACAUCUAAGACCGGUAAACAUGGACACGCCAAGGUUCACAUGGUGGGCAUUGACAUCUUCUCUGGCAAAAAGUAUGAGGAUAUCUGUCCCUCAACCCACAACAUGGAUGUCCCUAACAUCAAAAGAAUGGACUACCAGCUUAUUGGCAUACAGGAUGGCUACCUGUCUCUGCUCCAGGACAGCGGUGAGGUCAGAGAAGACCUGAAAAUGCCAGAGGGAGACCUAGGCAAAGAGAUAGAAAGCAAGUUCGAUGCUGGUGAGGAAAUCCUGAUCACUGUCCUGUCUGCUAUGAAUGAGGAGGCUGCAGUAGCCAUCAAAGCCAUGGCUAAAUAAAACACAGCAGGGGUUGACAAGAUUCACUGGACCUGGAUAGGAGAAUUAGACCUCAGCAAUGCUAUCCUCCCUCCUUUUUUCAUUCUUUCUUUAUUUCUCCCUCUCUCUCUUUCUGUACUUUAUAGCCCAUCUGUAGGUUAAAAACUAGGAAAUAAAUUUAAUAAUCAAAAUGUUCCAAACAAAAUUUUAAUUCUUGUGAACCAAAAGGUACAUAAACAAAAUGGAAUUCAUGGACAGUGGACUAAAGCACCAUAAUGAUGUAUGGCAGGGCUUGGGAUUUUAUUUAUUUAUUUUUUGAGAAGGGCACCUCAUAACUGCCUUUAGUAUGAGUGUGCCCUUGUUGAUUUUGACACUUUUUUUUUUUUUUUUUUUUUUUUUUUAAAUAACUGCCCCUAAUAUGUUCUUUGCUAUCUUAAACACAGUAGCAAAUGGCUAUAAGAGGUCUGUUAUGUGGUUAAUUUUAUUUAUGAGCAAUUACAGUGCAGAGGGGAAGUGAAAAACAUUCAAGCGCAGAAUCUCCUCUUAAGGACAUAUACAAAGACAAUGAUUUGUGUAAUAGGAUGCAGUUUUGAAUCACAGGACCAAGUGUUCUGUUUAACUUCCAGUAGCUUUAAUCUAAAGACCCUUAGGCAGGGAGUGACAGUAUCGCACAAGCUGGUGAAUGGAUGGAUGCAGGAAGACUUCGGAUCACUUUUAGCACCACCCCUUUCCAAAAAUAUAAAAAUACGCUAAGAAUGAGACCGAUAACACGCAGGAAACCAGAAACGCCAUUUUAUCAAGAUUUCCCAAGUAUUAUAUUUGCAACUGUUUGAGUAUGCUGUGAGGUGGAAGGAGGUGCCAUAAGCCUUAGAUCUCUUGUUGAAAUAAACAAAAACUUCUGCCUGUAAUGUACUCAGUCUUGGCCUAUAAUGCUUUCUGUUCACACUUGACAGACAAAGAAACAAGUACCAAAAUUCCUUAAAGUUUGAAGGUUGGAUGAGAGAUUUGAUAAAAAAAUAAUAAUUGUCCCCUUUAAAAUCAAUUCUGUCCUAUGUAGGCCAGAUUGACUGUCAUGUACAUUACACUUGACUACAGUACGAGUAAUGUUAAGUUUUUGUUUUGCGAGAUUGUGAUUCAAAAAUGAAAUGGAAAUAAACAGAAAUUUGUAUUCUAGCAAGACAACCCAGCCAAUAUUAAAAAAAAGAGCACAUAUAAAUCUUGUUUUUAUUUCAA